UCUUUCAUUGGCUUGAAUUAAACUCUCAGUCCUCUUGAUAAUUCCAGAUUGGAUGCCUAAAGCUGCAAGAACAAAACCAGAAUUUUCAGGAAAAUGUUACUGUAUCCAACAAAUAUGGUAGAAGUGAAGUCAGUGUUCCCAGAAGUUCAUCCAAAACAAAAGCAGUUGUCUGUGGAAAAUGUAAUCAUGAUGGUUCCGUGUAAGUCCAGAAUUGUAUCCUUGAAAUCUCUGACUCAGGAAAAACUGGAGAAAACACAGCAAGCAGCAGAAGAUACAAAAAAAAAAAAAGAAAUGGCAGUAAAGGAACAAGGGCAAAUAACCCAUUGACCAAUAACCCAGCACUCCAGAGAAGACACUGCCUUUCAAAUUAUGUAAUAAUUGCAUAAACAUAUUCUGCAUCUCUAUGCUGAAAAUAGCAUAUGCUAAU